GCCUUUGCUGGGUUCUACUACACCUUCAGCUUCCUGAACCUGACCAGCCAGCAGUCUCUUAAUCACGUCAACUCCACCAUCCAGACCUUCUGCAAUAAGACCUGGACAGAGCUGCUGGAGGCCUACCCGCAGGACAAGCAGCACCUACAGGAGUACUGCCCUGUGGCGAUCUACAUCCUGACGAUGCUGUUCGAUGGCUACAAGUUCAAUGAGCAGACGUGGAGCAGCAUCCACUUCAGCCGGCAGGCAGCAAACACGGACAUCGGCUGGACACUGGGCUACAUGCUGAACCUCACCAACAUGAUCCCUGCAGAGGCUCUGGAGCAUGUCAAGGGAGGCAGUCUGCCCACUAAACCAGGCAGGAAAACGGUGCAAAAGAAGUGGAAGGAGAAGAAGAAUGAGGGCAUUAGAGCCAUCUCCAUUGCUCAGGAGAUCUAA